UUGAGCUUCCGUCGCGGCGCUUCGACGCUUUGGUUUCCUUAUGGCGCGGGACGAGCACACGCUGUCCGCCUUUGCCUCUACGGUCAGCUCCGGAACGCAGCGGAUCCUGUCCUCGGCCACCUCUACCGCCUCGGUGGUGGGGAGCCAGGCCGAUGUCCAAGCACGUCGCCUGGGGCACAAGACCAAGCAGCUCCUAGCGUCGGCUAUGGAGAAGCUUGGGGAGGGCAAGAGGCUCUUCCGCGCCUCGCUGCCCCCGCUGCCUGCCGGCCUCCAUCAGCAUCCCGAGGGGACAGUGGAGCUCCAGCUGCCUUCGACGGAGGCGGAGCGCUUGGAGUGCCUCCGGGACUUGGGGCGCACCAUGCUGGGGGGCUCCAUCUUAGUCCUGGGCCGCAGGCGCCUCUACCCGGUCCGCCCGGAGAGCUCCGCCGUGGGCGCCGUCUCCGCCCAGAGCUGCGGCGCCGCGCUGGAGGCGCUGCAGGACGCCAUCGCCCAGGAGCUGCUGGAUCAGGGCUUCGGGCUCAACGAGGAAGGAGCCGCCACCGCGCUGAUGUGUAGACGCGGAACAUUGGGUGUCUCCAUGCACGAGGAGGAUGAUACCCCUGAUCCCGAGCACCUUCAGAAGUUGAGGGAGCGGAAGAUCGACCAAGGCGCCCUGCGCACGCUGGCGGAGGAGUGUGCAGUAAACAUCUCCGUCAGCCCGGGGAUGCAGCUGGUGGUGGAGUGUGGCCUGCCUCCUACGCUGCUGCAGCCCACCUUCGUGAUCUGCCUGGGCGGCGGGCAAGUCCGAGUGCUGACCUUUGCCUUUGUGGGCGGCCCGGUGACCGGGGACCGCCCGGACCGGAAGCGCACGCCCUUCUCCAUCCGCCUGGCCACCGACGACCUUAUCGCCGCCGCCGCCGCGCGGAAUCCCAAGCCGCGCGUCGGCGAGGAGAAGUCGCCGAGCAUUGCCAAGCUGCGGUAUGCCGCGCACGCGGUGGACCCUGCAGUGCAUACCACUCUGGACAUGAUCGUCCUACUGGAAGAGGAGCUGUUUCAGGCCAACGAGGUGGGGGAUUGGAAGAAGCUGGCGGCCCUGGACCUCAUCUCGGAGGAGGAUCUCUCUCCCGAAGCGGAGCCUUCCAUCGAUCGCAAGCGCAUGGAGAGCGAAAGCUGGGCGGUGCAGACGGACUUGGCGGAAGGUCCAGCUGGACAAGUCGCACAUUCACCGGCCGGCACCGCGCAAUUGCCCGGGCUGCCGCAGGAAGCGGCCAAGUGGCGAUUCAGCUGGCUGCUGCAAGGCUUGCGCCCGAAGGCGGAACCCGCACAAGGAUACUCAUCUCCGGAAGCAGAGUCGAUCUCACUUGGACUGGCUGGCAGCGUCUACGGCACCGGCGGCCUGUGAGGCGUUUCGCAUGGCUUCGCUCACGCGUUUGCAUGCGGCGCGGGUCCCUGAUGAACCUCCCUCCAUAAAAAGUGGGUGACCAUGAGUCUUACCCACUAAGUACCGCAAGUACCAGCCACGUUCGCACCACUUUGAAACCAUG